AUGCUACUGCAAGUGUUACAAUGGCUGCUAGAUAGCCUCACGCCAACUGUCCUUCUCUAUGGCACCACCGCUUUUCUCGUCUUGCUGGGCUGCGGCCUAACCAUUGUGCUCCAAUCCAGCAAUGCAUCAACCAUCCGCAGACAGCUCAAACACCUGAAGCUUCAAGGCAUUAAACCAUCAAACAGUAACAUGAACGACCAAUAUGACAGCCAAUAUGCUAUCCCCGAGGAUACCGACCCAGCAUCCAACGAGCCUAUCCGGAUCAAAUCCAUCUACAUCCAUCCCAUCAAAUCAUGUGGACCGAUUGAGCUGGAUCGUGCCCUCCUGACCAAAACUGGAUUCCUAUACGAUCGAUGCUUUGCCCUAGCUACAGAAACCGUAUCCCCUGGUUCUCCUCCGGAAUGGAAAUUUAUCAGUCAGCGUACCAAACCGACCAUGUCGUUAAUCCAAACCUACCUAUGGACUUCGCAUGAAUCGAGCGAUCCGAACGAUCCGCUCGUCCAAGCAGGCGGCUGCUUAGUUGUCACUUUCCCAGACCCAGAUACCGACUCCCGCCCCUUGCGUUGGAUCAGCCGACUCGACGCCUUCCUUCACACCGGCAAUCUACAUCCGACUCCGGAGAUCUCAUUCAUCGUCCCGCUCCAUCCAACCCCCUCACAGAUCUCCUCGUACGACAUCAGCAUCCAAAAAUUUGGAAUCCACGGUCGCCCAGCCUCCGGACUCAACAUCUCCGCCCUCCCAGACAUCGCUACCGCUCUCCCGAAGCUCAAACGCUUCCUUCGCAUCCCAGACUCCCAGCCCCUCGCUCUACUAAGAUGCACCCCGGACACGCUACUACCAACGACCAAGAACCUCGCUCCACUGGAAAAUAUUGGCUCCCGAGCUGUCCACGGAUAUACAGACCAGCAACCGAUCAACAUCAACAGUAUAUCCUCCGUGCACUCUGUCUCGGGCCUCUUACCACCCGAGAACCAACCUCUCAACGCGCUGCGCUUCCGCGCUAACAUCUGGAUCUCGGGAUCUGUCGCCUACGACGAGGAGACAUGGAAACGGUACCGCAUCAUCCCCAAGAGAGAGGCUAGUUCAACACAACCAGAUACAUACGCCGACGUAUCUCCAACACUAUCAGUCGUAUGCCGUACCUCGCGAUGUACCAUGCCCAGCGUGAACCCCGACACGGGGAUCUUCGAUACCGAUGUACCUCCCGCGGGACGGAAACGGGGCAAGCCCCAGCCUAGCACGACGCUGGUGGCGCAUCGCACGGUCGAGUCGGGGAAUGCAUCGGCGCUGGGGUAUCUGGGGAUGCAUUGCGUGCCGGAGGAUUCGGGAUUAAAGGAGGCGGAGAAGCAGGGGCGGGGGCUGGUUGUUAGUGUUGGUGAUGAAAUUGAGGUUUUGGAGAGAGGAGAGCAUUUAUAUGGGUCGACGGGGAGUGAUUAUUAG